AUGCUCCCUGGUGCUCUAUGGGGCGUGUGCCAUGUGCUCAACACUGCUGGGGACUGGGCUCCCCCUGUUGCCCCAGUUCUGCCCACAGCCGAUGAGGCAGCUGCCCUCUCACUCAUCGCAGGCAGGAACCCAAGUCAGAGCCUUGGGAAGAAACACACCAGAAGGUUCCUGACCACCCAGCAGUGGGGGCUGGGCUCAGCCUUGGUCGUGACCCUUGCCCCAGCACUUUCUGCUCAGGGCUGCCCACCUGGGCCUCAUGAUAAAGGUACGUUUCCCAGUUGGUUAUUUUCAUGGGAAAAGUCUUGUGUUUGGGACAGGGACGGAUUGUCAGGGGAGACGGGUGAUGGACUUUGCUUCCCAGGAAGAGAAUGA